UGUCACGCUCCCACCCGCCCGUUGCACGGAACGACGCGCGCUCCGCUCUGAGACCUGCGAGUCUGCAACCCGCCGCCGCCGCUCGCAGGCUCUCAGAUGUCGCCGCCGCCGCCGUUCCCAUCACUUUAUGCCCUACCUCACUCGUUCCAUUCCCCGCCACCUCCUCGUUCGCUGCCUCUCCUCCGCUCACCUCAGAGACCGCCACUUCCUCCUGCGCUUCGCUGCCCUCGCCAAGGAGCUCUCCGACAAGCCCGCGCCUUUGCCUCCCCCGCCCCGGCCACGGUCCCCGCACCCAUACGACUACAACCGCCUCAUGUCCGCGCACGCCGCAUUCGAUUCCAGCGCUGGAUCCGACCGCGCCCUCCACCUGCUCGACGAAAUGCGCGGCCUCCUCCACCGCCAGCCAGACGCCGCCUGCUUCACCACAGUCGCGGCAGCGCUCUCCUCCGCCUCCCGCCCGGGAGCCGCGCUCGCCGUGCUCGAAGCGAUGGCCGCGGACGGUGUCGCCCCCGACACCGUGGCGUGCACGGUCCUGGUCGGGGUGUACGCCUGCCACCUGCAGCGCUUCGACGCGGCCUACCAGGUCGUGUGGUGGAUGUCGGAGAAUGGUCUCCCCCCAGACGUUGUUACUUACUCCACUCUGAUCCGUGGGUUGUGCAGUGCUGGGCGGGUGGCUGAAGCUCUGGGCGUGCUGGACUUGAUGCUGGAGGAAGGAUGCCGCCCGAAUGCGCACACAUACACGCCUAUCAUGCACGCGUACUGCACCACUGGGAUGAUUCAUGAGGCCAAGAAGCUGUUGGACUCGAUGAUCGCUGCUGGAUGUGCUCCAAGCACAGUUACUUACAACGUCUUGAUUACAGCUCUUUGCAAGGUCAGCGCUUUCGAGGAGGUAGAGGUGCUUCUUGAGGAGAGCAGCUCAAAAGGGUGGAUGCCGGAUACAAUCACAUACAGCACUUACAUGGACGGGCUAUGCAGAUCUGGCAGGGUGGAUAAAGGCUUUUCGUUGGUCGACAGGAUGCUAUCCAAUGGAUUGCAGCCUAAUGAGGUUACUCUGAAUAUCCUUCUUGACGGCGUCUGUCGCAGCUCAAGUGCGUGGGCUGCAAAAUGCCUUCUGGAGUGCAGUGCAGAGCUUGGAUGGGAUGCCAGUGUUGUCAACUAUAACACGGUCAUGAGGAGGCUUUGUGAUGAGAGGAGAUGGUUGGCCGUUGUCAAGCUGUUCACCGACAUGCCGAAGAAGGGCAUAGCUCCAAAUAAUUGGACCUUCAACAUUGUAGUCCACAGCCUCUGUAAACUCGGGAAGCUUCAUUACGCGCUUUGCUUGAUGCGGAGUGAAGAGUUCGUUGCCGACGUCGUCACAUACAAUACAUUGAUCCGCCAUCUCAGUUUGUCGGGGAGAUCUAACGAGGUCUAUCUCUUAUUUCAUCAGAUGCUUGAAGAGGGCAUUGGUCACAAUGAAAUCACCUAUAGUCUUGUCAUUGACUGUCUGUGUAGAGAGGAUAAAUUCACGGUGGCUCUUAGCUGUUUCUACCGAUCACUCGAGGAUGGUUUCUUUCCGUCUGUUAUUUCCAGUAUUGUACGAGGCCUCAUUGUUGGUGGUAAGCUUGAUGAAUUGCAUACUCUGAUUGGGUGGAUUCGUGGACAAGGCUUUGCAAUAGAUGUGUACAUGUACCAGGAAGUGAUCAUUGCUCUUUGUAAGAGUGGAUACUGUCAAGGCACAGAAAUGUACAAAGUAUGCCACAUAUUGGAAAGAAUGCUCAGUUUGAGAUGACAUUACUCCAAAAUUUAACACGAAAGAAAAUUUCACUUCUGUUGCUAACA